AUGGCAUCCCCAUUGAUUCCGUUAAGGUCGGCUUUGGUCCGACGGAGUGCCGUCUCUAUACUCUAUACACCGGCGCGAACGUUUUCCACCACCCCACGACGUCUACUCGCCACCCCUCAGGAAGAUCAGCAGUCGAAGGGAAUCACACAUCCACCAGUUGGCCAUGGUACAAAGACAUUCAGACUGCCACAACAGCACGGAUGGGGUGAAACCGAAUCUGCGUUAGAUAGGGCUGGACGAUACUUCUUGAUGAUGGAGACAUUCAGAGGGAUGUACGUUGUGCUAGAGCAGUUUUUCAGGCCGCCGUAUACCAUCUUUUACCCAUACGAGAAGGGUCCUAUCUCGCCCCGUUUCCGUGGAGAGCACGCUCUUAGAAGAUAUCCAUCUGGAGAAGAGAGGUGCAUCGCCUGCAAGUUGUGCGAAGCGAUUUGUCCGGCUCAAGCUAUCACAAUUGAAGCUGAAGAGCGUGAGGACGGUAGCCGUAGGACUACAAGAUACGAUAUUGACAUGACCAAGUGCAUUUAUUGUGGCUUUUGCCAAGAAAGUUGUCCAGUCGAUGCCAUUGUUGAAUCUCCCAAUGCCGAAUAUGCUACAGAAACUCGUGAGGAGCUACUUUACAACAAGGAGAAGCUACUAUCCAACGGUGAUAAGUGGGAACCCGAGCUGGCGGCCGCUAUCAGGGCGGAUGCACCCUACAGAUAG